AUGAAGGAGCAGCUGCUAAAAAACCUGGAUGGUCUGAAGGUGGAGCUAUCCCAGCUAUGUGUAGCCAAAGUGACAGGCAGUGCAGCUUCCAAACUUUCAAAGAUCCAAGUUGUUGGCAAGUCUAUCACCCAUGUUCUUACCAUCAUUAGCCAGACUCAGAAAGAAAGCCUCAGGAAAUUCGACAAGGGGAAGAAGUACAAGCCCCUGGAUUUGCAGCCCAAGAACACAUGUGCCAUGUGCCUCCAUCUCAACAAGCAUGAAAAGAAUCUAAAGAUCAAAAAGCAGCAGCAGCAGGAGCUCUGCAGAAGAACACAGUCAAGGCCUGAGCAUCAUCGAGUCAAUAAAGCAAAAACUGGCUAA